CUCUUUGGCACCCUGUAGGAUACUGAUGAAACAAAUAGAGUUUCCCCAGACAUGGAUAAUACAAGAACAGCAGACACUUUUUCACAGUUAAGCCAGGAAAAAAUCCUCAAAAUCAUGAACAUGGUGAAAAAUAAAGAAGUGAGCAUUGAAGGAGCUCUGCAUUUGGCACAGAAGGAGGUGUAUGCUGAAAAGGAUCCCCAGGAUUUGUUAACUGGGUCCCAAUUUAACUUCAUUAUCUACAAAUACAAACACUACCGGUGGCAGAAACGGAUUCUGCAGCUCGAUUUCAGCAGCAGGACCAUUUUUAACAUCGAGAAAGGCACUAUCAGGAAGCAGUUCCCUUUCUCCCAAGUCAGAGGCUGCGAGGACUCGGAGAGGAGGCGUUUCAGCAUCCUGUUCCAUGGCAGGCAGCACUACGAGCUGGAGGCUGUGUCUCUGGAGGACAAGAGGAAGAUAAUCUACCUGCUGAGCAGAGUUACCCAGAGCAAUUCUUACAAGAGAGCAGUGGAGUCCUGGCCUGGGAGAGCUGCAGAAUGUGAUGUGAUCCAUGAGGGGCUGCUGGAUUUGCAGCAGAACACCUUAACCUCCACUGAAUGGGUGAAGUGCCUGGCAGAGCUGCGGGAAGGAGAGCUGACCCUGUACAGCCUGGGGCACAGGAGCCCUGCAGCCACCAUUGCCCUGGCAGCCGGGAGCCUGGGGCUCAGCAGGGACAGCGCCUGCAGCUCCUUCUCCCUGCACACCAGGGACCAGCACUACCUGCUGCGGGUGCCCCUGAGCGUGCAGAGCAGCAGCCCCGAGGCGGCCGGGCGGCUGCAGCGGGAGUGGCUGUCCCUGCUGGAGCGGCACUGCCGGCCCGGCCGCGCUGCCGCCCUGCCAUCCUCUGCGGGACGCAGCUCCCCCGAAGCUGACUAUGAGGAAUUUGUGCUGCCUCUGCCCGAGCAGAGAGAGGAGAGUGCCCCCUUUGGAGGGGGAUCUGCGAGGAGCAGCCUGAGCGAGCCCGCAGAGCCCGCAGAGGGACGGGCGGCCCCAGCAGCAGCUCUGCCACCUGCCCUGGGCAGGGCUCAGGUGCCACCCGCCCCACCUGCCCCGCCACAGCCCUGCAGUGUCCCUGCAGCAGCCAAGAGAACCAAGGCCUUUCACUGGGAUCUCGUUCCUCUUGACAAGAUUCAAAAAUCUGUCUGGGGAUCGUGUGACCCGUGCAAGAGGAAAAUAGACGUGUGCAGGCUGUGUGAGCAGUUCCAGAUCCAGGACACAGCAGUGCCACUGGGCAGCGAGCCUCCAGUGAAUCAGCACAUCCUGCUGGACAGAAAAGUUGCACACAACUUCAACAUUUUUCUUAAAAGUUUCCGUGUAAAACCAAGUGAGCUGAAGGACAAACUCUUCAUCAUCCACGAGGAGAGUGGGGGGCUCACAGAUGAGCAGAUCACAGCACUGAGAAGAUAUUUGCCCACAGCCAAAGAUGCAGAAAGGUACCUGUCCUUCAAGGGGCCUUGCUCAGAGCUGCACGUGGUUGACCAGUUCAUGUUAGAGAUGUGUAAAAUCCCCCAGCUGGGCCAGAGGCUGGAUCUGCUGCUCAGCGUCCGUGAGCUCCCCGAGAGCAUCAGAGACCUGGAGCCUCUGAUCACCCAGAACAUCCAAGCAAGCAAGCAGCUGCAGUCCAGCCCAAAGUUUGUGGCUGUCUUGGAGUACAUUUUAGCCAUGGGGAACCACCUGAAUGAAAAAGCUGGGAAAGAGGUGGCCAAGGGAUUCCGACUGUCCUCUCUGGCCAAGAUCCUCUCCCACCAGCCCGAGCUGGCCACCUUCCCCCAGGAGCUGACAGAGUUUGAAGCUGUUCCUGAUGCAUCCAUGAAGGGCCUCAGUGCUGAAGUUGAUGUUUUAAAAAAAGAACUGGAGAACCUUAUCCAGUGCAGGAGGCUCCUCAAGCCCAAAGCAAGCAAGGCAACAACCCAGGAGUCCCAGUUCUGCAAGGAACUGAAGGAUUUAAUUCAGAAAUAUGAAGGGGAUCUCUCCCAGCUGUCAAAAAGAUGUGAGGAAAUGAAGAAGCUUUAUAGCAACGUACUGGUGAGGUUUGGGGAGCCUGCAGACCUGGACUCCCAGGAGCUCUUUGGGUGGAUCUCCUCCUUCAUCUGUGAGUUCAGGAAGGCCUGUGCUGAGGUCACACCAUGAGGACACACACAUUUCAUGGCUGGGGGAGGGAAGGAGGAGCCCAGGAAACAAUUUUUUCAUUGUUUUUUUCUUUACUGGUAAGCAGCACCUUGCCAAGCUCACCUGUGCAGCAGAACACCUCGAUUCUGAGAGACAUUUCAGUUUCAAAUGUGGAAUUUUAUGUGGUAUUAACCUGUAAUAUCCCAGAUCACUGAUGAGCCUCUCAAUGUUGUGCUUUUGUACCUUGAGAUUCCCAUAUAUUGAAAAAAAACCACUUUUGACCUUUUAUAAUUUCUCUUUUCAGUCAUUUCCUUUGAAUACCCCGACUUCUGCCCCAGUUUUAAUUAUUAUUUUCAUUAUUCUGUAUGGUGACCUAAUUUCUAAAGAAUACUUCACACAUUUUAUAAUGAAAUGGGGAGCUGUUACCCACAGAGGAGAAUAUUUAAACAAAGUCUUGUUUAUUUUGCUAUUAAAACAUUGCAAACUUGCUAU